AGGUAACGGCAGACAUUCUUGCCGGAGAUGGCGGCGGAGGAGUCCGAUUUGUUUGAUUCUUUGCCGGAUGAUCUACUCAUUUCUAUUCUCUUCAAGCUCAGCUCCUCCGCCAGUUGUUCUUCGGAAUUCGUCGCCAUUUUGAUGAUAUGCAAGAGAUUAAAUGGUUUGGCGCUUCAUUCUCUUGUGUUAUCCAAAGACUCCUCGAAAAUGUUACCUAUUAAUGCAAAGAACUGGUCGGAGUCUGCUCACCGUUUUUGAAACUUUGCACCGAUACCGGAAAUGCUGAAGUUCAUUGCGCUCUCCUCCUCCUGGUGAGUUAUUAUAUUUUUGUUACCCCAAGCGGAUGUUUUUCUCUCUGAACCUCAUCAGUAACUCUUAUAGGAAUGAUUGUAUUUUAACUGUGGGAAGAUUGUGGAAAUUAAUAAGAGCAAUAAAUAGUAAGUGCUCUA